CGCGUUUUACAGUGGCGGCGACGGCGGCGUCUGUGGUGUCUCCGCGUGCGUCUGGGUGGCCACACAGCUCAGGAUAGCCUGUAGAAGAUGCCCUAUGAGGAAAUCCCUCACUCAAGUCAAGCUCAGGAGCAAGAUGGCUUUCAAAGUUACCAUGUCAGUGCUAGUAAAGAAACAGCAACUGAGCCAGAAAAUGGUGGGAAUGGGGAGGCAGAGAAGUGCCUUCCCUCUCCUUCCUCUGACUAUGAUCUGUCCACCCCAGCUGAGGCCUGUGCAUCAGUGGCUGGGAGGAGAGGGCCUAGCCUGCUGCAUAUCGACAGGCAUCAGAUUCCAGCAGUGGAGCCUAGUGCGCAGGCCCUGGAGCUGCAGGGCCUGGGAGUGGAUGUCUAUGACCAGUCCGUGUUAGAGCAGGGUGUGCUUCAGCAGGUGGACAGUGCAAUGCAUGAGGCCAGUCGUGCCACCCAGCUUGCUGAUGCUGAAAAGGAGUACCGGUCGGUCCUAGAUGACUUCAUGUCAUGUAUGAAGUCCUUAAGGCAGAUCAAUAAAAUUAUUGAACAACUUAGCCCUCAGGCUCCCACCAGCAGAGACAUCAGCAGGAAACUAGAUUCUGUAAAACGGCAGAAGUAUAAUAAGGAACAGCAGCUGAAGAAGAUAACUGCAAAGCAGAAACGUCUCCAGGCCAUCCUGAGAGGAGCAGAGGUACAAGUGGAGUUGGAGCAUGCUAGCCUGGAGGAGGAUGCAGAGCCGGGACCAUCCUGUUUGGGCAGUAUGCUCAUGCCUGCUCAGGAAACUGCAUGGGAUGAGCUCAUCCGCACUGGUCAGAUGACACCAUUUGGAACCCAGGUCCCUCAGAAACAGGAGAAAAAACCUAGAAAAAUAAUGCUCAAUGAGGCAUCGGGCUUUGAAAAAUAUCUGGCAGAUCAAGCAAAACUGUCUUUUGAAAGGAAGAAGCAAGCUACUAAUAAGAAAGUAGCCAGAAAAGCCCCGGUCCUCUGUGAGUCUAACACAGGACCAAAUGAAAACAGACCAAGCCAGGGAAGCAAAGUUGUCUCAAGAGCAGACCAACGCUUGAAGAAGCACAUGAGGAAGCUGCAGAGAAGGGCACUGCAGUUCCAGGGCAAAGUGCAGUUGCCAAAGGGGAAGAAGUCCCUGGAGCCCCAGGGGGGGCCAGAGACAGAGGUAGAUUCUGAGGGUGAGGAGUUUGGCUCCUUCCCCACAGAGGAGAUGGAGGAGGAAGAAGAGGAGGAAGAAGAAGACAGGACAGGGGCUGAGCUUUCUGAAGAUGGCACAGAUUAUGAACUGAAACCUCUACACAGGGGCCGAAAACGCCAGAAAAAAGUCCUUGCACAGGAAGUUGAUGAUGACUUUUUCCCAAGUUCGGGGGAAGAAGCUGAAGCCACAGGGGAGGAAGGAGGAAGAGGAGGAGGUCGCAAAGAAGCGAGGUGCCGAGAUGAUGGAGAUGAAGAUUAUUACAAGCAGCGGUUAAGGAGGUGGAAUAAACUGAGACUGCAAGACAAAGUGAAAUGCCUAAAGCUGGAUGAUGAUUCUGAGGAAAGCGAUGCUGAAUUUGAUGAAGGCUUUAAAGUACCGGGUUUUCUGUUCAAAAAGCUCUUUAAGUACCAGCAGACAGGUGUUAGGUGGCUGUGGGAAUUGCACUGCCAGCAGGCAGGAGGAAUUCUGGGAGAUGAAAUGGGAUUGGGCAAGACCAUCCAGAUAAUUGCCUUCUUGGCAGGUCUGAGCUACAGCAAGAUCAGGACUCGUGGUUCAAAUUACAGGUUCGAGGGGUUGGGCCCCACCGUAAUUGUCUGUCCAACAACAGUGAUGCAUCAAUGGGUGAAAGAAUUCCACACGUGGUGGCCUCCAUUCAGAGUGGCAAUUCUGCAUGAAACCGGCUCCUACACUUACAAAAAGGAGAAGCUAGUUCGAGAUAUUGCUCAUUGCCAUGGAAUUUUGAUCACUUCUUACUCCUACAUUCGACUAAUGCAAGAUGCCAUUAGCAGGUAUGACUGGCACUAUGUGAUCUUAGAUGAAGGACACAAAAUUCGAAACCCAAAUGCUGCUGUCACCCUCGCUUGCAAACAGUUCCGUACACCCCAUCGGAUCAUUCUGUCUGGCUCACCAAUGCAGAAUAACCUCCGAGAGCUAUGGUCGCUCUUUGACUUUGUCUUCCCUGGCAAGUUGGGCACACUACCUGUGUUCAUGGAACAGUUCUCUGUUCCCAUCACAAUGGGAGGAUAUUCCAAUGCUUCUCCUGUCCAGGUUAAGACUGCCUAUAAGUGUGCAUGUGUCUUACGGGACACUAUAAACCCAUACCUGCUGCGGAGAAUGAAGUCAGAUGUCAAGAUGAGCCUUUCUUUGCCUGAUAAAAAUGAACAGGUCUUAUUUUGCCGUCUUACUGAUGAGCAACAUGAAGUCUACCAGAAUUUCAUUGACUCCAAAGAAGUUUAUGGGAUUCUCAAUGGAGACAUGCAGAUUUUCUCUGGACUUGUAGCCCUAAGAAAAAUCUGCAACCACCCUGAUCUCUUUUCUGGAGGUCCCAAGAAUCUCAGAGGUCAUCCAGAUGAGGAACUAGAAGAAAAUCAGUUUGGAUACUGGAAACGUUCUGGGAAAAUGAUUGUGGUUGAGUCUUUGUUGAAAAUAUGGCACAAGCAGGGUCAGCGAGUGCUGCUGUUUUCUCAGUCAAGGCAGAUGUUACACAUCCUUGAAGUGUUCCUGAGAGCCCGGAAUUACUCCUAUCUCAAAAUGGAUGGGAGUACCACCAUAGCUUCACGGCAGCCUCUGAUUGCAAAAUAUAAUGAGGAUACAUCCAUCUUUGUGUUUCUUCUAACCACGAGGGUGGGUGGCCUGGGAGUCAACCUGACCGGGGCCAACAGAGUCAUCAUCUACGACCCUGACUGGAACCCUAGCACGGACACACAGGCCCGGGAGCGAGCGUGGAGGAUAGGCCAGAAGAAGCAGGUGACUGUGUACAGGCUUCUGAUGGCCGGAACCAUUGAGGAAAAGAUCUACCACCGACAAAUCUUCAAGCAAUUUCUGACAAACCGAGUGCUAAAAGACCCAAAACAAAGGCGGUUUUUCAAAUCCAAUGAUCUUUAUGAGCUGUUUACUCUGACUAGCCCCGAUGUAAGCCAGAGCACCGAAACAAGUGCAAUUUUUGCAGGAACUGGAUCAGAUGUGAAGACGCCCUCUCGCUGUUUAAAAAGAAAGGCCACACCAGCCUUCCGAACAGACCACACCAUUCCAAAAUGCACCAAGUUUCCAGAUUCUAACAUAUCUGUCAAGGGGGCCACACUGACUGAGGAGGAGCCUAAGGCCGCAGGAGUAGUAACAUGUAAUGAGAGCGGCCUUUUGAAAGGCGCCCUGCACCUGGGUGGCAGUAGCAGUGCUGGGGACAGUGGAGAGGCAGGCAUGGAGUCUGGACCCAAGGGGCUGACAGUGGCCAGUGCAAGCGGUGACUGCUCAGAUUCUGUCAGAGUUGGCAGGACACCUGGGCCCUCUGGUGGGGGAAGUACUUCCGAGAAGGAAGGGCCAUCCUGUGAAGGAGAGAGUUGUCGGCUGAAGACAGAACCUCUUUGGGAGAACGGACGAGUGGAAAGUCAUUUUCAUAAGCACAAGUCAAAAACAAAACAUCAAGAUAUGGCAGGUGAAGAGACACCAGGGAAACCCAUGAAGGCAAAGUGCCGUAGAGAUGCCAAAUUUGAGGGAACUCGCAUUCCACAUCUGGUGAGGAAAAAGCGGUACCACAAGCAAGACUCUGAGCAGGAAAGUCAGGCCACAGAACAAAACAGCGAUGAUUAUGUUUUACAAAAGCUUUUCAAAAAGUCAGUGGGCGUGCACAGCGUGGUGAAGCACGAUGCCAUUGUGGAUGGGGCCAGCCCAGACUAUGUGCUGGUGGAGGCGGAAGCCAGCCGAGUGGCCCAGGAGGCUCUGAAAGCCCUGAAGCUCUCACGUCAGCGGUGUCUGGGGGCUGCAUCUGGUGUUCCUACCUGGACCGGCCACAGGGGGACUUCUGGUGCACCUGCAGGAAUAAAGAGCAGAUUUGGUCAGAAAAGGAACUCUAAGUUAACUGUGCAGUCUCCUUCUUCAGCAUCUCCAACACAAAAAUGCCAGGACAGCACAUUGAAGAAGGAGGGAAAAGAUGGUGCCCUGGAGCACUUCAGUGGCAAAGCAGAAGAGGCAGAGUCUUCCUCCAGAGCCCCUGCUUCUUCCUUACUCUUGGCCAGGAUGAGAGCAAGAAACCAUCUGAUUCUGCCAGAGCGCUUAGAGAGUGACAGUGGACUCCUUCCAGAGACUUCUGCCCCACUGCCCACUUCCACAGAACAUGACGAUCUACUGGUAGAGAUGAGGAACUUCAUUGCUUUUCAGGCUCAUGUGGACGGCCAGGCUAGCACUCAAGAGAUACUGCAAGAGUUCGAAUCCAAGCUGUCCACCUCACAGUCUUGUGUCUUCCGAGAGCUAUUGAGAAAUCUGUGCACUUUUCAUAGAACUUCUGGUGGAGAAGGGAUUUGGAAACUGAAGCCGGAGUACUGCUGAGCACACUGCUCCCUCGGCUUGUAGUUUGCUUCUCAAAUGGCGUUUCUGGACAUCCAUCCCAUGAUGAGUGAUCACACAUUUGACGACAGGCGUUCUCAGCACUUGAUGUUUACUUUAAAUGGCUUCUACCUCAAAAUGAACACUUGAAGGAAGAAGAAACUCUUCCCCCCAAAAUGAAAAGUUUUAAUAAUGCUAACUAAAUAAGAAGAUAGUUAAGAUUAGGUUGACUUUUUUUCUUGGCUCUAGGAAUUAUGUUCUGAAAUCAGGGACCUAAUAGUUACCUCUUGGAACACAUUGCUUCCUUUAUACAAAAGAUGCUGUAGGGACCACGUUACUGCUCACUUCAAAGUCUGGGACAGAAAUCACAGUCCUUUGUACUGGUGCUAGAAACAUGUCUUAGAUUUAGUCUGGCCUGUCCACUAAAUUAGUUUAUUGGUAUCUCAUAGCAGCAAUGUAAUGUUUUGAUGCCUAACUUCUAAAUGUUUAUUUUCAUUUGCAAUGCAUACAAAAAGAUUUGUUCUCUCUCAAAUCAUA